AUUUUUAUUUACUCGUGCAAAUUGCAAACCAAACAACGACCUCACCCCUGUUGUGCUAUGUCGUAUACUACUAUGCCUCUUGCGCUUUGACAUUGCUUUCGUAUUCUUUUGACGAUGCUUUAGUUUUUUCCCUCUCUCUAGAAGAAAAACAACACAGCGAGCCAACAUAGAAAAUAGAAUAUUCACAAAUCCCUUCAUAUAAAUACAACACCGCCACCACAAAGAGAAAAAAAAAAAAAAACUCCAAACAAACAACUUUUCUUUCUUUCUAAUAUUAUUAUGCCACAGGUGGAUUUGGAAACGUUGGUUUCCGCCUGCGCCGGCGGUUGCUCCGACCAGAAAAUCGCCUACGAGCCUCACGUCGACGACGGAGACCACCAUCCGGACUCUCCGCCGGCGUCGUUCUGGCUCUCUGGCGACGCCGAGUACGACUGGUGGGACCGCAACGCCGUCUACCAGCGGAACGAAUCGACGAAAGGAAACUCGAUUGUUUCCUCAACGAACCUGAACGCUAACUCGAACAACAAUUCUCAGCGAUUCUCGAAGAAUUUGAAGUCCAAAGCAGCGAUAAUCGGCUUGCCGAAGCCGCAGAAGGCAUCCUUCGCUGACGCCAGCAGCCGCCGAAACCACCGGCCUCCGGGAAACGCCAGGCUGUUCCCGAAGCGGAGCGCGUCGGUCGGCGGAAAAUUGGAAAACUCCGUCGCCGAACCGUCGUCGCCGAAGGUCUCGUGCAUAGGGAGAGUGAGAUCCAAGCGUGACAGAAAUCGGAGACUACGAACUCGCCAGAGAUCAAUCUCCUCCACCGCCACCGCCACCGCCACUACCGCUUCCACCUCCAUCGCCGCCGCCGUCGUCACGAGGCAAAAAUCGACGCGGAGCCAGCGGAAGAAAACCGGUUUCUUCGAAAGCGUUCGCGAGAUUUUCAGGUCCGGUCGAAGAGGAAAACCGGUUCAGAAACCGGAUCUUCCACAGGAGGAUUCGUUGUCGUCGUCGAAGAAGAAGAAGAAAAGGAGUUUAGGUAAGAAAGCGUGGGGAAGCACCACUGGCAGCACAAGGAGCCGAAACGACGCGUCGUUUGAAGAAUCGGUUUCGAGUGCAGCGGCUCCUCCCGGUUUGGGUUCGAUGAACCGGUUUGCGUCUGGGAGAAGGUCUGAGUCGUGGGGAGUGGGUGACUAUGAAAUCCACAUGUCGCAUUAGGGAUUUGUUUUUUAUCCGUGCCGUGCAAUUUCGGUGACGGCUAUAGUGGGCCCUUGUGGUUAGAGGGGUGACGUGGCAGGUUGAACAACGGUAUCUGUGACUGUUAAAAAAGUGAGUAAGUACUAUUGCACUACUACUGUCGUGUGUAUGUAAGGUUGAUAAAAUGCAGUUUUCUUUCGAAGCGUGGUUGAAUUUGCUGCUUCCUAUUUUUUCUUUCUUUUUUUCAGCGUUUUGUAGAUAUGAUUCAUGUGAUUUUUUUGUGCUUUGUUUGUAUUCUAUUUUUUCUUUCCUUUUCCUUAUAGAAAAAAAUUGUAAUAUACAAGAAAGAAGAUCGAGUAUAAGGAAGAAAAAAAAAGUGAAUCACGUUACAAUUUUUUAA